CCGCACUCGUGCUUCUCCACCUACCAUGGCCUCAUCGCAGACUUUUGAUCGCAAACAUGUCUCAAGGCUGGUCCCGGCCGACCACAGAGUGCUCAUGCCCUUGCUUCUGGCCGUGACCAUUGUCAACUCGGCGACUCUCGGAUACGAUUCUUCCGUUAUGAACGGCCUUCUGAUCUUGCCGGUGUACUCUGAAUAUUUCAAGCUCAACACUGCGACCGAAGGCCUCAACAAUGCCGCCAUGUGGAUGGGGGGCAUUUUCGGAGCCUUUCUGAUGCAGCCUGUGCCGGACUACUUUGGGCGCAGAAGAGCGAUUUAUAUCGCUUCGGUUGUGACAAUAGUCGGCGUUGUGCUGCAAGCCGCAGCACAGAACGUCGCCAUGUUUGUCAUUGCACGAUUCACCGUAGGCGUCGGUUCGGCCAUUAGCAACGGUGCAGCGCCCACACUUCUCGGCGAGCUAUUGCCUCCUCAUAAGCGCGCUCGGGUUCUUGGCCUAUUCUUCUCAUGCUAUUACGUCGGCAGCCUAGCCUCAGCCAUUGUCAACUACGGCAGCCAAAACAUCAACAGUACCUGGGCCUGGCGUCUGCCCUCUCUCCUCCAGUUCGUCCCCAGCUUGCUGGCUGUGGUCAUUGUUCCAUUUGUCCCCGAAUCGCCCCGUUGGCUCAUUGCUCAUGAACGAACAGAGGAAGCUCUUGAGGUUCUCUUGAUUAUGCAGGGCAGGGGCAAUGUUGAUUUCCAGAAAGGUGAUGAGCAGCUCAACGAGAUCCGGACCACAAUCAAGCAGGAAGCCAUCGAGUAUUCUCGCAACCCAUGGGUGGAAAUCAUUUCCACACGGGCAAAUCGCAAGAGGCUUGCUAUCUUGUGCACAUUCGGUCCAAUGAUCAAUAUGUUUGGCAACUUUAUCAUCUCCUUUUAUCUGGGCAAGAUUCUCGACCAAGCUGGGAUUACCAGCCCGAAAACGCAGACUCAAGUGCAAGUGAUCAUCAGCUGUUGGUCUUUCGCGGUGGCCAUAUUGGGAAGCUUCAUGCUGGAUAUCCUUGGUCGAAGACUCCAGACAUUCAUCGGCGUCGGAGGGAUGACAAUCACUCUGCUUCUCAUCGGCGGUCUUAUCAAAACAUAUGGCGAGAGCGCAAACACAUCGGGCAUUUACGGUACCAUAGCGGUCAUCUUCCUGUUCCAAGGCUUCUAUGCCUUUGCAAUCACCCCGAUGACGAGCUUAUACCCAACCGAGGUAUCGCCCUUUAAGCUCCGUGCGACCGGCAUUGCCAUCUUCCGCAUGCUGGACUCUGGAUUCGGUCUUCUUGCCUCGUUCGCAAUGGCGUAUGCAAUGGUCAACCUCGGUUGGAAGUUUUAUUUUAUCAAUGCGGCCUGGAACUUUGUCUUUCUUAUCAUAGCAUACCUCACAUUCGUGGAAACAAAGAGUCUCAAACUUGAGGAGAUCAACGCCAAGUUUGAGGGCGGCGAAGUUGAAGCGGUCAAGGCAGGCGGCGUCGUGACUGAGCUAGCAAAGUAA